AUGUCUCGGGUCACCCCAACCUCUGACGGCUUCUCAGGGCAAAGCAUCAGAACGUACGGAGUGCGGGGUCGUGGAACAACAAACACAGCCGGGCGAACGCAGAUGGAGGGAAAACACCAUACCCAAGCUAAUCCUCCCGAAAUCUUCGUCGCGCUCGGAGCCAAAGAGGCUUCGCUCUCCACAUCAACAUCGUCAUCAUCUCGCACCGUCCGUCCCACCGGAGUGAGAGAACUCGAACAUACUCCCCGGCUUGACGAAUGCAUUGCGCGGCUGCUUAGUGAGAUGGAGGACGUCAAGGUACCAUCUCCAAGCUUUCUUACAACGCGUAUUCGGGGUAAAAACAACGAUAGCAACGGCCUCGUUUCAGCACUACGCCUCUAUCCCAUCCAGGAGGUCCUAGUCCGCUAUAUCACCAUGAGAGAUCUUAAAGCGAUUGCUUGUGCGUCUUCAGCGCUUUCAAAUUCUUUGAAUUUGAAAGAGACUAGGCAGUUCUGGAUGUUCAGAGUUAAGAAUGGAAGCGGUGGUAGUUCAUGGAAGCGUGUGAGGCAUGAUGCAUACUUAAAGGCUCUCGAAGACAUGCCAGAGCCUCGAAAACGGAAGCUAAGCGGGGACGAAGCGCUUCCUUAUGCACCACCGUGGCGCCCUCAGUCGCGAGGACCUAAAAGAAUUCAGGUAGCACUUGGACGUGUGUAA